GUGAAGCGGGGCUAUUACCGGAACGUCCUCUAUCCGGAGGGCAUCGCCAAGAGACAGGACGCCAGCAUCAAGAGGAUGCUCGAGCAAGAGGAGAAGAUGAAGAGCGAGGAAGCAGCAAAGGAGUUGCGGGAAGCUUUAGAAAGGAAGCGGGCAAUCGAGGAUCACGGCGAGUUCGUGUUUGAGAAGAAGGUCCGUGAGGAUAAAGAAAACAUCUAUGGAUCGCUCUCGCAGAUCAAUGUGGCAGAGGAGGUGGUGAAGUCCACGGCUGUACCGGUGCGGCAGGUUUCCGUCCAGAUCCCCAAGAUCACGAAAGUGGGCGAGUACCGGGGCUCCAUUGAGCUCACCCCGGAAGUCAUCGCAGUCUUUAAGAUCAAGGUGGUUCCCGAGGGUAGCCUGGGCAAGGAAGAGGGUGAGGAGGGUGAGGAGGUUCCUGAAACUCUGGUGGCUGAGCUAGCCAGGUGGCGCAGAGAGGUGUGUGCCAGCUGCGGGGCCAAAGCGAUGUUCUACUGUCCCUACUGCUGCACGCCUCUCGGGGUUCCUGAGGGCGUCACCAUUCCUCGGGCAAGGCUGCCAUUUGCACGCUGCGACAUCAUCUUUGACGAUGCGCCCAAGAAGGCCACCAGCAUCCACGCCAAAGUCCUUGCGCCGGAACAGGUUCGCCUUAUUGACCUCUUCACGACGGAGGCCAACACCAAUCGUACCCUGAGCCGGCCUGGCGGGAACACCCUGAAGGCAGACUCUGGGGAUGCAAAAGGAGACUUGCACAGCCCAACUGCUGUCAUACGCGAAAUCCCAGAGUAUGACCCACACAUCACGCUCGUUCUCUUCCCGGAUGACAGUAGCGGGACUUUCGAGCAGGUGGCUUCCGAGUGGGACUUUGGACCGCCCGACCGCCUCACGCUGGUCGUGAUUGACUCGCCAUGGAAGCGGGCGCAGGUCCUGCGCAAGCACCCCCGGCUGGCCAAGCUACGAUCUAUCCGCCUUGGACAUCCUCCGCCGUCUCGAUUCUGGCGCUACCACUCGGAGGGCACAGGCUGCGUUUCAACGGUGGAGGCUCUGGCUGCUCUCGCCAAAGAAGUGCUGCCCCAAACUGGGGGAGCUGCGGAGGGCCCA